AAGACUACUUUUUCUCAUAAACCAGCAUUUCCCCAAUCGACAUUGCUGGUGGGUUUUGGUGGAUUUCGAGCUUGAGAUUUGACGAGAUUUGGGUUUGGAAUUCGCGACGAGAAAAGGGCGAAUCUUUUGGAUCAACAUCGAAACCCUCAGUCCCGCCAGCUGCUCUUUGUUCUCGCUCCCCCUCGCCUCAGCUCCGACUCGAGCUUGAGCUCCGGCCUUCUUCUUCAAGUACCUUUUUUUUUUCUCUCUUGUUUCCGGUCAGGUGAUUUGGAGAAGGACGAUAAUCAUAACUUUCCAUUGAAGGGUGUUAGCUACGCUGACCCAAAAAUGAGUAGCUUGGUUGAGAGACUUCGUUUGAGAACAGAUAGGAGACCAAUUUAUAACUUAGACGAUUCAGAUGAUGAUGACUUUGUUCCAAAAAAAGAUCGAACAUUGGAGCAAGUUGAGGCGAUAGUCAGAGCUGACGCGAAAGAAAAUGCAUGCCAGGCUUGUGGAGAAAGUGCAAAUCUUAUAAGCUGCAACACAUGCACUUAUGCAUACCAUGCUAAAUGCUUAGUUCCACCGGUGAAAGGUCCUGCUCCUGAAAAUUGGAGAUGCCCUGAAUGCGUUAGUCCUCUUAGUGAGAUGGAGAAGAUGUUGGACUGUGAAGUGCGUCCUACUGUACCUAAUGAUGAUCAGGAUUCCUCCACUGCAGCACCGAAGCAAAUUUUUGUGAAACAAUAUCUUGUGAAGUGGAAAGGAUUAUCGUACCUGCACUGUACUUGGGUACCUGAGCAGGAAUUUCAGAGGGCUUACAAGUCAAAUCCUCGUUUAAGGACCAGGGUGAACAAUUUUCACCGUCAAAUGGCAUCAGCCAAUAAUAAUGAAGAUGAUUUUGUUGCUAUUCGUCCUGAGUGGACCACUGUUGACCGCAUUAUUGCACGCAGAGGAGAAGAUGAUGAGAAGGAAUAUCUUGUUAAGUACAAAGAACUUUCUUAUGACGAAUGUUAUUGGGAAUCAGAAUCAGACAUCUCAGCCUUCCAGAACGAGAUUCAAAGGUUUAAUGAUAUUAACUCCAGGUCUCGGAGAGUUAAAGAGGUUGAGCAUAAGAGUAAUCCUAAAGAAUUUCAGCAGUUUGAUCAUAGCCCUGUAUUUCUCAGAGGAUCAUUGCACCCAUACCAACUUGAGGGACUGAAUUUUUUGCGGUUUUCAUGGUUGAAGCAAACACAUGUAAUCCUUGCCGAUGAGAUGGGCUUAGGCAAAACAAUUCAAAGUAUUGCCUUUUUAGCAUCGCUCUUUGAAGAAAACCUCGCCCCACAUUUGGUAGUGGCUCCCCUGUCGACUCUGCGAAACUGGGAGAGAGAAUUUGCCACAUGGGCCCCACAUAUGAAUGUGGUUAUGUAUUUUGGCGCUGCCCAAGCUCGUGCUAUUAUAAGAGAGCAUGAGUUUUACUUCCCGAAAGGUCAUCAGAAGAUCAAGAAAAAGAAAUCUGGUCAAAUCAGUGGUGAAACCAAGCAAGACAGAAUCAAAUUUGAUGUCCUGCUCACAUCAUAUGAGAUGAUCAACCUAGACACAGCAGUUCUAAAACCAAUUAAGUGGGAGUGCAUGAUUGUUGAUGAAGGCCAUCGACUGAAAAAUAAGGAUUCCAAAUUGUUCUCUUCCUUGAAGCAAUAUGCAAGUAACCAUCGUGUUCUUUUGACAGGAACACCUCUUCAGAACAACUUGGAUGAACUCUUCAUGCUCAUGCAUUUUCUUGAUGCUGGAAAGUUUGUCAGUCUUGAGGAGUUCCAGGAGGAGUUCAAGGAUAUCAAUCAAGAGGAGCAGAUUUCAAGACUGCACAAAAUGUUGGCUCCGCAUCUGCUCAGAAGGGUGAAGAAAGAUGUGAUGAAGGACAUGCCCCCUAAGAAGGAGCUCAUUUUACGUGUUGAUUUGAGUAGUCAGCAGAAAGAAUAUUACAAAGCAAUUCUUACGCGUAAUUAUCAAGUAUUGACUAGAAAAGGAGGCGCUCAAAUUUCUCUUAUUAAUGUGGUGAUGGAGUUAAGGAAACUUUGCUGUCAUCCUUAUAUGCUGGAAGGUGUAGACCCAAAUAUUGAAGAUCCAAAUGAAGCUUACAGACAACUCUUGGAAUCUUCGGGAAAACUGCAACUGUUAGAUAAGAUGAUGGUCAAACUGAAAGAACAAGGACACAGAGUUCUCAUAUACACGCAGUUUCAGCACAUGCUUGACUUACUUGAAGAUUACUGUACUUAUAAGAAUUGGCUUUAUGAACGGAUUGAUGGAAAGGUUGGCGGAGCAGAGCGGCAGAUACGUAUAGAUCGGUUUAAUGCCAAAAAUUCUAACAGAUUCUGUUUUUUGCUCUCCACAAGAGCUGGUGGCUUAGGAAUAAACCUUGCAACAGCUGAUACAGUUAUCAUUUAUGACAGUGACUGGAACCCUCAUGCUGACCUCCAGGCUAUGGCUAGAGCUCAUCGACUUGGCCAGACAAAUAAGGUGAUGAUUUACAGGCUCAUAACUCGAGGUACCAUUGAAGAAAGGAUGAUGCAAAUGACUAAGAAGAAAAUGGUUCUAGAGCAUCUUGUUGUUGGGAAACUUAAAACACAAAACAUUAAUCAGGAAGAGUUAGAUGACAUCAUCAGGUAUGGUUCAAAGGAGUUGUUUGCUGACGAGAAUGAUGAAGCAGGGAAGUCUGGAAAGAUUCAUUAUGAUGAUGCUGCUAUAGACAAGUUACUUGACCGGGAUCACGUAGAUGCUGAGGAGGCUUCAAUGGAUGAUGAAGAGGAAAAUGGAUUCUUGAAGGCUUUCAAGGUGGCAAAUUUUGAGUACAUAGACGAAAGCGAUGCUGCAGCACAAGAAGCAGAGAGAUUGGCUGCAGAAAGCAAAACUUCGAUAGGCAAUUCUGAUAGAACAAGUUAUUGGGAAGAAUUGUUAAAAGACAAAUAUGAGGUGCACCGAGAUGAGGAACUCAAUUCUCUUGGAAAGAGGAAGAGAAGUCGCAAGCAGAUGGUACCCAUUGAAGAAGAUGAUCUUGCUGGUUUCGAAGAUGUGAGCUCUGAUGGAGAGGAUGAAUGUUAUGAAACCGAGUUAACAGACGGUGAAACAGCUGGACAAGGAAAUCCCUCUGGUAGAAGGCCUUACAGAAGAAGAGCCCGCGACAAUUCUGAGCCAACUCCUUUGAUGGAAGGUGAAGGAAGAUCUUUCAGGGUGUUGGGUUUUAACCAAAGUCAAAGGGCCGUUUUUGUUAAGACGCUGAUGAGGUACGGAAUUGGUAACUGUGAUUGGAAAGAGUUUGUUCCCCGCUUAAAGCAGAAGACAUAUGAGGAAAUAAAAGAAUAUGGAACGCUUUUCUUGAAGCACAUUGUUGAAGAUAUUGAUGAAAGCUCUCCAACCUUUUCAGAUGGUGUACCCAAGGAAGGACUGAGAAUUGAAGAUGUGCUUGUCAGAAUUGCUAUUCUGGGACUGAUACAGGAGAAGGUGAAAUUUACGGAAGACCAUCCAACAAAACCAAUUUUCUCUGACCGCAUUCUGGAACAAUUCCCCGGACUGAGAAUACCCGGAAAAGUCUGGAAGGAGGAGCAUGACAAGAUAAUGCUCCGUGCUGUUUUAAAGCAUGGAUAUGGAAGAUGGCAAGCUAUUGUCGAUGACAAGGAAUUGGGGAUUCAAGAGCUUAUCUGCAAAGAACUGAAUCUUCCUUUUGCAAAUUUGGCAGCCGCUGAACAAGCAGGCUAUCAGGGACAGAACGGUAGUGGCAACUCCAAUUCCGAAGCCCACAAUAACAGUGCUUCAUAUGAUGGGGGCCAAGGAAGUUCAAUGCUUAUCUACAGAGACAUGCAGAGAAGAUUGGUCGAGUUUGUGAAAAAGCGGGUGUUGCUCCUCGAAAGGGCGUUGAAUUUGGAAUAUGCGGACGAGUAUUAUGGUGUAGUGCCACCAUCAGUGCCUGGUGAAGAACCAGAAAAUGAACCAAGGGCCACAGAAACAGCCGGACCAAGCUUUGUAGAGGCUGACGCAGAAAUUCUUGGUGAACUGCCUAAGAUUGAACUGAUCUCAUCGGAUGAAAUUUCAGCAGCUUCUGUUGACAACCUCGAGCGUCAAGAACUUGCCCAACAUUUCAACCAGAUGUGCAAAACUGUCGAUGAGAAUGCUCGUGAAUCGGUAGAAACAUUCAUAAACAACAAACCAGUGAGCCGAAGGCUAAGGGAGAAUUUCCGGGCUCUUGAAUCCAUCAACGAUAACGUUAACAGGAUCCUCUCCGCCGCACCAUCUGGUGAAUCGAAACCCGAAUCUACGGAAGAUGUGAAGGCAGAUGUAGUAGCAGAUGAUGAUGAUGAUGAUGGAAGAACAGAAGAAGAUAAUGUUGAGGUGAAGGACACAAGCGAAGAAGAGUUGAAACCAGGGAGAAGCAAUGUUGUUGCUUGUCUUGUUGAUCUGAACUUGUCGGAAGCUGUCGCAGAGGAUACUGUUAAUGUUGCAGGAACUAGUGGAGGAGGAGAUGCUGACGUGAAAAUGGAAGAAGCUGAUGGAGAUGAAGCCACCAAAGAUGGAGAAAGAGUCUUUAUGUUGGAUUGAAGGAGACGACGACAACAACAACAACAAUGGGUGUAAUAUCAUUAACUAUCACUAGACCAAAAAAAAAAACGCUUGGCAUCAUUGAAUUAAUGUUGAAUUUGGAUAUAUGUAUUUGUAUUUCCACGAAUGAUGUUUUGGUUUAUCCUUGAUAUUUUACCGUGUUUGAAAAUU